GCAGAGAUGGCUGCAGAAAUGGGCAAGCUUGUCAAAGGAGGCAGAGAAAUGCUUUCCUUAAGAAUGAAGGUUUGUGUUAUUCAAAUGAAGGUAUGAUAAGCAUGCUCUAUAUGCCAGCAAGCAAUGUUGUCAGGCUUCACCUUCAAAAUACCACAGCCAUCUGAUCUGAGGGGCAAGUUUUCAGUUUAAAUCUAAGAGCACAUCUCUUCCAGAAAUGGACUACUUGAUCAGGCAAACCAAGGGAAGGGUUUCUGGACAAACAAAACCUGCAACAGGGGGAGAGGCCAGCAGUUCCACAGAAAGAAGAAUCCCACUACACAAGACCGAGUCCUACAAAGAGAAGUCGAGGAUAUGGUUCGGUAGACAGUUCUCAAGGCAACCUGAUCGAGAUUCUGAUUCAAUGGCGAUUGACCAAGCAGCUGCUGUCGCUGCUGCUGCAUUUGCCAUUGUUGUGUCAAAAAGGCAAAGCUUCUCGGAACCUAACAGGGAAAUGUGGGAGGAAGCUCCACAUCAAUCUUCUCCGAUACGAAGAGAGAGCAAAAGACUUGGCUCUGUAUCAAUAAGGGAUUUGGAAGGAACAACAUACAACAACACUGAUGAAUAUGAUGAAAACCCAGCUACAAAGGUUGUUGGUCCUGUCUCAUCAAUGAAAAGGACACCUACAUUUGCUGAUAAGCCUGCUUCAUCAAUGAAGAAAGCUCCAAGAUUUUCUGAAAACCCUGUUUCGUCCAUGAAAAGGGCACCAUCAUUCAUGGAGAAACCUGUUCUAUCCAUGGAACGAUUGCCAGCUACGGCCCAGUUGCAACUGAACAACAUGGAUGGUAAGAGGAAGGACAAAAUCGAUGAAUCACAAGUUGAACAGCCCUCCAAAAGACCUGAAAUUUCCUUAGCAAAACCCGAUGGAACUCUUAACCCUGCAAUCCCACCUUCUAAGCCUUCCAGAAGGACUGGGAAUAUUGGAGAGUCAGCAGCAGCAGAUGCAUGGGAGAGGGUUGAAUUGGAGAAGCUGAAAGACAAGUAUGAGAAGGAAGAAGAACAGAUUGUCUCCUGGGAGAGUGAAAAGAAAGAAAAAGCUAAACAUCGACUUGACAAAACUGAGAGUGAACCUGAGAGGACAAGGUUGAAAGCAUUGGAAAGGUUUCAAAGUGACAUGGACACUGUCACUCAGAUUGCAGAAGCAGCCAGAGCAAAGAUAGCUAGGAAGCAGAAGAAGGAAGAGUUGAGAGUGAAAGAGAAAGCAGACAUAUAUAGAAGCACAGGCCAAAUUCCAAGAAGUACAUGUUUCUGCUUCUGAGUGUCAGCUGUUACAUGGCGCUUUGUUGGGUUGAGGUUGAAUUAUUAAAUGUAAAUAAAGUGUAAAUAAACAC